AAAGCUACGCUUCUUUGACAAAUACAGCAAAUCCAAAUGUUUCUUGGACAAACUUACCCGCUAUGUUGUCGAAAUUUGCAAGUGCCGUGAUUGGUUCAUGCCUGGAGCUGAUGAAGGAAUUCCUGUCUGCGAUCUCGUUACGAGCGAAAAGUGCAUGUGGCCGGCUUGGGUGCAUUUCGAAGACAAGAAGUUGGAUAGGUGUCCUGUGGCAUGUGAGAGCGUGGAGUUUUCAGCUCAGUUGUCGUACUCUCGCUAUCCAGCCAAUGCUUAUGCUGAUUUGCUUCUGUCCAAGCGGAAAAAUUUGACGGGAACACCCGAAGAAAACAGGCGAUUCCUCAGAGAUAACCUUCUGGAGUUGAGGAUUUAUUUCGAAUCUUUAACUUACUCUGAUGUUAAACAGGUUCCCAGUUACGAUCUGUACAAUUUGUUAGGUGACGUGGGAGGUCAAAUUGGUCUCUUUCUCGGCGCCAGUCUCCUGACGUUGGUCGAAUAUUUGGAUCUUCUGGCAAUGGUGCUAUUUACCAAAUACAAGUACCACAAUAAGUGACAAGCACAUAAACAGGGACUUUGUUAGUUUUGGAAAAAUUAACGACUAACAUAAUAUUCAGUAUGAUUCAAUUUAUGGGAAAUUGCUAUAACUAUUCAUGUCUCAACAUAUAAUCGAUGAUAUUAUUGUAUUAGAAAAGAAACUGAUAAUGAUAAAUGAUAUUUUUUAGAAGAGAUUUCAACUACGAAUCCAGACAAAAAAUGUGAUGUUUUGAUUUGGUAUUUGAAAUCUUCCCCUAAAAAAAAUGUGAAGAA